AUGUCGGACUCCCCCCAAUCUCCUCCCAAGGAUGUUGAGCAAGGUGUACAAUCACCGGAAGAGGAACAAAUGAACGAGCCUCAAGACCCACAGUCUGGUGGCCUGGCCUACGCCGAGUUCGAGGUCAAGGAGCAGGACCGCUGGCUGCCCAUAGCCAAUGUUGCUCGCAUUAUGAAGAAUGCGCUCCCUGAAAAUGCAAAAAUCGCCAAGGAAGCAAAGGAAUGCAUGCAAGAGUGCGUUAGCGAGUUUAUCUCGUUUAUCACGAGCGAAGCCUCGGAGAAAUGUCACCAGGAGAAGCGGAAGACGGUAAAUGGCGAAGAUAUCUUGUUCGCCAUGACGUCUCUGGGAUUCGAGAACUAUGCUGAGGCGUUGAAGAUUUACCUUUCCAAAUAUCGCGAACAGCAAUCCCAGUCGAACAGAGGAGAGAGCUCCCAUCGCCCGGGCAGCAGCGGCUAUGGCGCCAAUCCCCCGACCGGAGCUGGAAGCUUUCAGACUGAGCCCCAAAACAACGUCCUCGGAGCUCAGCAAGGAGAUGGCGGUGCGGACCAGAACUACAUGUACGGCGCUCAGACCGGUCACAACGGCGCCGGGGGCACCGACGGCUACCAGUAA